AUGAAUUUUUUUAAUAAAGUUAAAUCAUUAGGUGCUAAUGUAGCUGAAAAAUCUAAGAACUUGAUUAGCAAUUUAUCUAAAGAUAUACAAGAAGUUAUUCAGUAGCAGAACCAGUUAAUUGAAAAUUAAGAAAGCGAAUCUUUUAAGGAAAAAAAUGCACUCCUUCCUUGGGAAGGUUUAAAAGCAAUUAAAUCAAAUUAAAAUGGAAACAUGAUUGAUUCGAUAAAAGAAGAAAUAUUAGAUUUAUCUUUACAAGAAGAUUAUUUCCUGAUUGAUGAUGAAAAUUACAUGUAUCCUUUUGAAUUUAAUAUAGAAGAUUAUAAAUACCAAGCUAUUAAAAUUCUUUCAGUUGAUCCCAAUUUAGAAUUUAUGAGAUCUAAGUUAGUCCCUAAAAAAAUCAAAGAUGAAAAGUUUUGGAAAAAUUAUUUCUACAACGUUGAGAUUAUUAAAAUGAAAUACAACAUGGCAAACAAAAUAAAUUAAACAGAGAGAUUGGAAUAAGUUGCAAUUUAAUUGGAAAAUAAUAAUUCAGCUGAGUAGGCUGAAGAAUAAAAGCAGCAAUUAUUAGAGAACAAAUAAGAAUAGGUACAUGAUGACCAUUAACAUGAUGAAGAAGAUCAUCAAGUUAUCCAUGAUGAUGAAGAUGAUUUCAAUAGCACUGUAAAACCUAAAAAGAAUAGAUUUGAUGAAAUAUAAAAUAAAAAAGAAAGUGGUGAUGAUUUUGAUAGUCUUGCUUUAAAUCUUAGUGAUAAUAACAACAAAGGAGCAGUUGAAAUGCAAAACAUAAAUAAAUGA